AUGCUCUCGCGCCUUUCCGUGCAGCCCCUCGCACGCGCCUUGCGGCCCGGCUCGUCGCCCCUGCUCGGGGGAGCCGCCUUCCGAUCGACCGUGCCCGCUCGGCCCGGGCCUCCUCGGCCCGGGGGCAAGCCCACGCCACCCGGUGCAAAGCCGCCCCACUCGAGGCCCGGCAAGGGGCCGACCCCGGCGGCGGCGGGGGCCAGGGCUGCGGCCACCGGCGCGGCCUCCCUCCCCCCAGGCCUAACCAGUGCCUUUACCCAGACCACCGGCUUGGCGGUGAAGGCCGCGCGUCAGCGCUUCCCGGCCAUGUUUGAGCCCCGCAACCAGGCCAUCAUCCUUGGCUCGCUGAUUGCCUACGAGUCGGUGGGGUUCCUCCUCAUUCGCUAUGGGUUCUCCGUGUAUGAUGUGGGUGCCCCGCUGCUGGUCAUCGGGGCUCGGCUCUCGGUCAAAACCCUGGUCACGGCCCUGUCGGCCGUGGCCACCACGGCCUACCUCCUGCCGAAGGGGGACGCCCGCGCGUCGCUCUUCACGCGCUUGCGCACCACGGUCGCCGACGCCGCGACCCGCAUUGCCGGCCACAUUUCCCGGCAGUCGGCCCCGGGGGUGGGCCUUCUCGGGCCGGCGGCCACGGCCACCACCGCCGCGGCCGAUGCCCAGGCUCCCGGCACCAAGGCCAAUCUGCUGGCGGCCACGCGCACGCGCUUGGGCUCCUGGUAUCGGGCGGUCUUCACCACCACCAAUGCCCAGCGUCUGUCGGGGUUGAUUGUCAUCCGCCGCGGUGUGUCGAUGCUGGUCCUGGCGCCGGUGCUGGCCGGGUUGUACAUCCUGCCGGGCAUCCCGCGCGACUAUCUCUCCUGGGAUCUGAGCCGGAAUGUGGACCCGGCGGCCGUCGGCCUUGGUGGAGGGAAGCUGGCCAUGGUGGCGGCCGAGGAGGUCGGCGCCCCGGGUGGGAUUCCUCCCGGCCUCAGCGGCCACCUGGACGCGCUCCUGGAUAACCCCAUCGUCCAGGCGGCGGGUCGCGAGGCGCGCAUCCUCUAUGCCACGAUCAUUUCGCAGACCUUCCUGCAGCCAUUCUACCUGCUUGGGGUGGCCCAGUGUCUGCGCCUGCUUCGCCGGUGA